AUGUUAUCGUCCGAUUCUAGUGUCGCGGUUCGUUUCGAUGAAGCCCUAGAUUUGGUUGGCUUUGGCAGGGCUCAGCUGGAGCUGACUCUGCUGUGCUGCGUGAUCGUGAUGUCGAAUAUUUGCGAGACAAUGGGCAUAAGCGUUAUCCUCCCAGCAGCCAGGUGCGAUCUCGGACUUGCGGCCGGUAAUCAGGGUAUUUUAAAUGGUUCAACGUUUCUUGGAAUAGUUAUGUUCUCUUACUUUUCCGGCUACCUAUCCGAUACGCGUGGUCGAAAGAAGAUAAUGCAGUGGUCACUGUUUCUGACGGCAGCUUGUGCGGUGGCCUCUAGUUUGACCAACGACUUUGUAUCACUUUUGACUUUGCGUGUGCUGGCGGGAGUUUGUGCAUCGGCUCCCUCUGCAACGGUUUACGCCUAUUUGGGAGAGUUUUGCACAUCGUCGAAACGAGCCCAGAUGAUUGCAUUCACAGCUAUCUUCGCUAUGGCAACGAUGGUCUACAUCGCACUCACUGGAUGGUGGAUAUUGUCGUACGAUUGGAGCUGGUCGAUAACCUCCUAUUAUCACUUCCGACCGUGGCGUCUAUUGUUUAUUGUGUACACACUACCAGGAGUGGCGGCUGCACUUUUGUUGCAACUUUUUCCGGAAAGUCCCAAGUUUUUCGUUGCUCAAGGCAAGGUCGACAGUGCACUGACCGUACUGCAGCAUUGCUACCGAAAAAAUAAAGGAUCCUUGGAGGGGUUCUCAGUUUCGGCUCUACAAUCAGAAGAAAGUUUUAGUGGAAUUAAACUGGGAGUAUUCCAUUCGUUGUGGCAGCAGACUGCUCCACUGUUCAAAUGGCCUUUGCUGCUUUACUUCAGCGUAUGUUGCCUGCAGCAAAUCAGUGCUUUCGCAAUAUAUGGAGGACUUGGUUUGUGGUAUCCACAAAUAAUGAAUGAGGUUAGCUCGGGCGGGUCUGAUCUCAAUAUGUGCUGGAUCGUGGAAAGUGGCAGUCCUGCCAAUGUUUCUCAGAGUGAAGAUCAAAACAAUGGUUGUUCUACCCACAUCAGCACUGAGACGUUCGUCUACAUAAUCGUACAGGGAAUCGUCGGAGCCGGUUACUCUUUGCUAAUAACGCUUCUUCUGGGGAAAAUUAACCAACGAUUGAUGCUGGUAGCAAACUUUCUGAUAGCUGCCAUCGCUGGAAUAACCCUGCAGUUUGUGACCAAUCGUUAUCUAAUUGUUGUCCUGUUUUGCACCGAAGUGGUACUGGGUGGCCUAUCGAUGGUACUGGUGAAUACGUUAGCCGUUUCGAUAUUUCCCACCUAUGUUCGGGCGAUGGCCAUUUCGCUUAGCAUGAUGAUGGCUAGACUAAGCAGCUUUACAUUCAGUAGCAUAGUCGGGUUUGUGAUGGAAACGAACUGCGUGGCAACGAUGUAUGUCUUUUCGGCCAUCCUGGUGUUCGGGGCUUCGUUGACGGUGUUUCUACCAAGGUAG